AUGUCCGGUCCGAUGUGCGGUGGUGGUCUGCAUGCGACCACCGCACUGGGGACAGCUAGCAAGGUGUUCCUUUCAAAUCAACCCAAAUCCCUUCCUCACACAUUCACCCUCCCCCCUCUCCGACAACACUUCAACAAAACCCCCAACCCCGCAGCCUCCAACAAGCUGAUCGACCUCCCCGGGACCGAGUUUCUCGGUACCGAGGAGGAGAUCACGGUGAUUGCCGCGGCGCUGAUGUGGAGGGUCAGAAAGUGGAUCAUUAAGCGGAGGGGGGAGGUGGUGGGGAGGUUGGCGGGGAAGAUUGAGCCGCCAUUCACUGCAUACUCGAUCGAUCAGAUGCUCAAGGACGUAGGGGCGAUGAUGGAGGAGCUGCUGGUCAAGACGCUGGUGCAGGAGACCGUCGUGGUGGGGAAGACAUGA